CCCCUCCACCACGAUAAGGUGGCAGCCCAUGGAGAGGAUCUAAAAAACACACAUUCACUUAAAACAAAACAACGUUUGGGCGCCCCCGGACUCGGCGCCCUGGGCUACUGCCAUGUGAGCCCUUUCCAGAGAACUGGGAGGAUCUCUGGAGGAAAAGCCUCAGGAGUCAAAUGAGUCAUUUGUCAUUUUAAACCUGCUUUAUUUGGUUUGAUAUUACAGCAUCUGUCAGAAUAAACACUUGUCGUCUCAAACGCAAAUCAUUCAACUUGAUCAUUUUGCAUGACAUGUUUAAACCCAGAGGAUAAACGUCUGCAGCCACAAACUGAACUACACAACAUUCACAAGGAUGGAAAACGUUCUUCUGUGGCUCUUCAGUGCAUCAGGCAAGUGGAUUCAAUUUUAUACUCCCAGUAUAUAAUUAUACAAUCACACAGAAUGUGUUGUAUGUGUUCAGUGUGUGUGUCCUUUUUUAAAACAUCUGAGCUAAGUUGAGCUCUGCUUGGAAACCGUUAAGAAUUUAUUUUCAAUGUUUGUUCUAUUGAUAAAACCAUAACAGAUCUCUGUCAUGAAAAUGUUUUGUUCUUAUUUUAAUCUUCCUGCUUGCGUUUUGGCAGCUCUGGGCUCCAUCUGCUCUCUCCCUGUACGUCAGUACCACUUCAUCUAUGACCCAAAGAACUGGACCGAGGCGCAGAGUUACUGCAGGCAGCGCUACACGGACCUGGUCACUGUGGACAGUCUGAACAUGGUGACCAUGCUGAACGGCAUGGCAGACGUGAGCAGAAUGGGAUCCACUGCAGACGCCUGGAUCGGUCUGUACUUUGAUGUGAUCAGCUGGAGAUGGUCGCUGUCAGACGGAGGUUUCUACAGAGCAGAUGGAAACUACAGAUACUGGUCAGCUGGUGAGCCAAACAGCGCCUGGUACACAGUGGACUGCACUCACAUGUAUGAUAAUGGAUACUGGAACGACGCUCCCUGCCAGUGGCUUUAUGGAUUCAUCUGUGCCAACACCAGCGGACAGACCGCAAAAUUUUUCUACAUCAGCACAUCAAUGAACUGGACCGACGCUCAGAGCUACUGCAGGCUGCACUACACAGACCUGGCCAGCGUCAGGAGCCUGCAGGAGAACGAGCAGAUAAGGACUGCGAGGCCUGCAGGUCUGACCGUCUGGAUCGGUCUCUACAAAGACACCUGGAAGUGGUCCAACGGAAACCUGUUCCUGUUUUCCUACUGGGCAUCAGGAGAGCCUCAAGGUGGGGUGGAAAACUGCACCGUGGCAAACUUCAGACUCUCCGGUCAGUGGGAGGACUGGCCAUGUGGCUUAGAGAAGACCUUCGUCUGCUACCAUGACACUGAACCUUUCACACGACACACAGUGAAGGUGAAGCUGGUGGGAAACUCGGCUCUGGGUCUGAACGACCCUGCAAUCCUGGAAAACCUGCUGAAGGAGCUCCAGCAGAAGCUGCAGGACCAGGCAGUGAAGGCUGAGAUCAGACUGAGCUGGAAGAACCAGCCUGAUGGGAAGAUCUUUUACACCGAGAAGCAAAAUUAACCCAAAGUUUCUCCAGAUGAGAAAUUUGAAUUUUAUUUUAAUUACAGGAGGGACAAGUAAUACUUAAAUAAAGAAAUGAUAUAGUAUGAAAGUUUAGAGGUGAAAACAAAGCUUUUAGUUUAGCAGCUGUAGAUAAAAACAUUUUUUAUUAUAAAUUACUUUAAAGCAGAUUUGGGUUCAUCAGUUUGUUUCUCUGUUAAUGUCACUGGAUAUGUGUUGGUUUAUCUGCUAUGAAAUUAAAGAUAAAGUCUUAAAAUAUUAAAACUUUAUAUUAUACCUAACAGUUUACAUAAUAGUAAGAUUUUAAUCUCUCCCAAAAUAUUCCCCUAACAAUAACUCCUUUUUUGUUAUUUUUAUUUCUUUUUUCUCUUUUUUCCUGUUCCUUGUUUUCUGUUUUUCCUCUCUCUCUUUUUAUUUUUUCUCUUUUGCUUCCUUUGUUUUUUUCUAACUCUUUCUCUGCCAACACUGAUAUGUUCUGCACUUGUAAAUAAAACAUCUUUAAACAUCAUAACAAUAACCUUAAACACUAAAUAUUUAUGCCAUUUUUAUUGUCUGUUUAUGAACAGAAACUUAAUUCAUAGUCCAAUCUAAACAGGGACAGCUCCCCCUGCUGGACUGUAGUUAAUCUGCACCACAUGUAAACUAGUUGAAGUCACAUUGAUGCAAUAAACAUGUGAUGACUUCAAACUGUUUUUAAUUUAAAGUAAAAACCAUAUCUCCCCUCAAUAUUUCUCUUUCCAAGGUUUUAAAAUUUAAAUCUACCAUUUUUGUUUACAACUUGUGAAAAGUAUUUUUCUCUCACAGGCCGAUUCUGUUUUUACGUUUUUGUCACAUUUAAAGUUCCAUAUAAUUAAACUAACUGUAAUAUAGUUCAAAAAUAAUUUGAAUUAACACAACAGGCAGUUUUCAAAUGAUGAUUUUAUUCAGUAAGGAAAAAAAACCCUUUCUGUUUAUUUAUUGGUAGUUUGAUUAAACUCCAUGUUUUCAGCUCGGUUUCAGCAGCCUGGCCCAGACCUGGUUAUUCCCUGACCUGCAGAUAUAAUAAUAACUCAUACUGAACCUCUCUGGCGGUGGACAGAUCUCUAAAAGAACAUCCUUCAUACUCAGAACCGUCCAGUGUGACUGAACUAAAGCAGUUCUGCUGUUUCUCAGAGCGAUUGUUGAGUUUUCACAAGCUGUUGUCUCUGAUGGGCCAUGAUUUUUAAAAUCAUCGUUUGAAAACUGCUUCUGCGAUUCACUCUUUAUUAAAAAUUAAAAAUAGAUGAUCUGAAGCAUUAAAAUAUGACAAAAAAAGGAGAAACAGAAGAAAUGUUUAACAGGGCAAAUACA